AGGAUGUGUCUAGCAGGGGAGGGGUGUUACUAGGGUUGUGAGUGCGGUGUGUGGCGUGGAGAAGCUUAAUGUCGCGGAGCGAUAUAGGGUCGUUUGUGAUGGAGCCUGCAGCAUCAAUGGGCCCUGCCUCGUCUCUUUCAUGGUGGGACAUGGCAUCACCGGCGGACAUAGUUGGCAUGUAUAAACAACAAAUAUGCGAGGCAAUCGAGGUCAUCCUGCAAGCCGAGGGUAAACUGCCGCUGUUGAUACUGCAUGAGGUUGACGGCUCCAUCCUUGAAUGGUGGGACGUGCUGCAACAGAUCGCUUCCUCAUUGCUGGGCACUCUUCAUGAGGAGCCAGCAACAAGUGAUUUACAAGAGUGUUUUUUGCAAUUGGAAGAGCUUCAACAAAUCACAGCACAACAGCUGGCGGCGAUCACCAUUGGAAAUUUGCCAGUGGAUGUGUGCUGCCCUGCUGCACUGGGAGUUUGGGAGGAGACUGAUGGGGGGGCGGCUCCCCCACUCCCAACGUCUUCGAACGAGAUCUUUGUGGAGGGGCAAGAUCUCUCUGCAGCACUGGGGGCGGAGGGUGAUAACUGUAACAACCAGCUCUAUAUCGACGAUACUAACAACGAUACUGCUGUUGCUCCCACCAACAACGACAACAACAACAACAACAACAAUACCAACAACAACAACAACAACAACAACAACAACGAUAACAUGAUGGCUGCAAAUGAAGACGAUGGUGGCCGCCAGAAUAACGGGAGGAAACUGCGUCUUGGGCUAAUAGCAGUGAGACUGCGUCUUGGGCUUAAAGUUAAGAAGUUAAGAAGUAAUCGAAGAGGUUUGCAGAAACUGUGUCUUGGGCUUAAAGUUAAGAAGUUAAAAGAGCCCAUUAUAAGUAAGUUAGCUAAUAGCAGUGAGACUGUUAUGGAUCGCUACGUCGAAGGGGUACAAGUAUACUUUCGGCUGGAGGCAGAGGGGAAGGUGGAACGUGUUCUCCACUCUCUGACCUUCUUGGUGGAGGAUAACUUACCCUUUGAUGUGUUAUUAGGCAUGGAUUGGGGUGAGGCUGCGCAUGCGGAUCUAAAGCUAAGGGAACAUGAAUGUUGGCUUCCAAGUCCGCAAGGAGGGUUGCCAAGUGUGCCAACGAAACAAAAGCACCACGCAAUCGCCCCUCGGGCUACUUAAACCUUUGCCUAUCCCUACUGGCCCUGGAGACUC